GAGCGAUGCUCGAGAAUCUGUACCGCGAGAUAUGCCGCGAAGAAGGAGGCGAUUCGUGUCGCGGCGGAGGAGGAGGAGGAGCGGCAGCGCAAGGCGCUCCUCGAGGACGCGGUCAAGGGGUCGGAGCCGGGGGGCCGCCCCGGCGAAUGA